AUGACCAUAAUCAUCAAAAAACCAUUUCUAGGUCCAUACAGUUACUAUGCUAGCUCAACUCAGAUGACAGCCAUCGCUAAGGCCGAACAUAUGCUUCUUUCUCUGAAGGGUUUUAAUGUAUUUAUUCUACCAUAUUACGAAUGGAAUUCUCUGAAGACUGAAGAAGAUAAGAUGAAGUACUUAUCAAACUUUGGAAAGAUUGCUGCUUCAUCAAUUUCAGCUGUUCCAUGGAGUCCAAAUGUACAAUAG